AUGACGGAGUUGAUGAAGAUUAGGCGGCCGCUGAAGCGAAGCUUAACGGAUGUGCCCUGCUUGGUGCUCUUCCUCUUUUUCUUGGGUGGAUGGGGCUGUAUCGCAUAUUACGCCUUCACCCAAGGAGAUUUUAUGCCGAGGGACUCCUUUCAGCGGAAGUGCGGACAGGACUACGGAGUCCAGGACAAAAAGAACCUGUUCUUUUUCGACCUAAACGAGUGCUUUGAUCCAAUGGUACCUCUUAUGGGAUGUCCUACACCGCAGGUGUGCCUAGACACUUGUCCUACCGAGACGUUCGUCUGGGACACAAUGAAGGACAAACUCAGCUUCCAGGAGUUGCAUAGUCGCCUCAUCUGUCAGUCAGAAAAGCGCAAGGCGAUGCUACUCUCAAAAGAGGACAUCGAGCAUGCCAUUAAGCAUAAGGAGUGUGCCCGCUGGUACACCAAAAGCGUUCCAUUCCUGAACCGAUGUGUUCCCAAGAUUUCCCAGCACAUAUGUGAUUACAUUUCCGAGCAGAAGGCCGGAAAUGCAUCCUCGGAAACCAAACUCCAGAUCUUUGUCACCUUAAAUAUCACAAAUGUUAUUCCAAAAGCGGAGGAGGAAUCAUUGAUCGAGCAGUGCAAACGCAGUGUCCACGAGAUUGUCUUGAAGGAAAAGACUAUACGGACAACGGACAGGCUGGGCAAGAUGGUGGGCAACCUGGUGUCUCGCAUCUACACCCACGACGCCCAGCGACUGGGCAGGAAUAUUGUCGAAGAUGUGAUGCACUCCUGGUUGAUUACCUUGGUUGCGGGCUUCUGCACGCUGAUUGUCCUACUGGCUUACCUGCCCCUCUUGCGACGGCUCUCGACUAUUGUCUUGUGCAUUCCCUUCCUGGCUGCGAUUAUUGGAUUCGGUGUAGCCCUCUACUACACUGUGAAGCAGUAUCUGUACUGGAAGGAGGAGAGCAAUAUAAAGAUACCCGAUUUUGUCCCGGGAGCCUGGUUAAUCAACACCUGGAGGGACCCCAACACCUGGCUCUCCCUCGUAAUUAUCGUUAGCGUUUGCCAUGUGGCCAUCCUGAUUCUCCUGCUCGUACUAAGGAAUCGCAUCCGGAAGGCGAUCGCUCUAACCAAGGAGGGAAGCAAGGCGGUGAUCAGUGUGGUUAGCACCGUGUUCUACCCCAUCCUCACCUGGCUACUCACCCUUGCCGCCCUAGUGUUUGCCAUCGUCGUGGGUUUGCAUCUGGUCUCCAUUGGAGAUCCUUCGUUUAGAAAGAUGCAACGGUCGACGGCAUUCAGUGAGAACUGCAUCUGCGAUGGACCGGCCAGUGACUACACCUUGGGUGGAUCCUGUGACCCACUUGUGUUCCAGCAGAACUGCUCCCUUUCGCUGUUCGGAACUUCCCUGCGAACACCUUGCUCGAAAACCACUUGCAGCUUUGACAAGAUUAUUAAUCCUCCGGAGGUUAAGUGGCUUCUCCUCUACAACUUCCUCGCUUUCCUCUGGCUGUGCUCCUUCAUCUACGACUUUGGCUACAUGGUGUUGGCCUCCGCCUUCGACGCCUGGUACUGGUGUGAUUCCUCCAAGAACAUCCUGACCCGGGCUUUCGGCGAGACCUUUUUCCACAUGGGAACGGUGGCCUUUGGAUCGCUGGUAUUCAAGUUCGUUUGGAUGCUCCAUCUCUUGCUUAGCCUCAUAUAUACUAUGCUGAAGAGGUGGGACAAUGUGGUGACACGACGCAUCCAUAAAUGCAUAACCACCGUAUCCUUUCUUAAUCCGAAUGCCUACAUCAUGUGCGCCAUCAGUGGCAAGAAUUUGGUCAAAAGUGGCUUGGAAGCGUCGAAACUACAGGGUUGCCCCCUGAGUGGUGCGAUUCCAAGGAAAGGUACGAAAUGCAUGUUCUUCUUCUCUACAGGACUAUUAGUUGCCUGUGCGGCGGUGGCGACCUACUAUUUCCUGAUGUUUUUCCCGGGCGCCAUUCAUUAUAAGGCGGUUACCAUGACGGUUGUAGGAAUUACAACCUUCCUUAUCACGAGCACAUUGUUCGACGUCUACUCGACGGCCGUGGACACACUGUACUUGUGCUUCCUUGAGGAUUUUGCUGAGAACGACGGAUCGGAGGAGAAGCCCUACUACAUGACCAAGGAGCUAAUGGAAAUUCUGGGCUUGAAGAACAAGAGCAAGAAUGUGGAAGUGGGACAAGAUCAUUAG